GUGACAUUCUCCCCCUCCACAUUUCAACAUUAAACACCAACUUCCAUUUUCCAUCCCAUCUGCUUCUUCUUCUUCUUCCUCUUCUUCUCUCGAAAAUGAUGCCUCCAGAGCAAGAAACCACCCAUAUUACCGGUUGCAAUACUACUCCGAUCAACAAUCUCUACAUACAUGCUGAACCUCCCAAUUCACCCAACAAUGUUUACAGUAACGUUGUUCCUUGUCCUGAAGAUCUAAUCCCUCAUCAACAACAUCAAACUCAACCUAAAUUCUCAGUCUGUUGCAAAUCUUUACACCCUGUAAUUCUCAAGUUCGAAGAUGUUGCCUAUAGUAUCACUUCCCAGAGGGCAAAGCGAAGUUGGCUUGCUUCGGUUCAAGAACCGAAACCAACCCGAACCGUGCUCAAUGGAGUUAGCGGUAUCGUCCGGCCAGGGGAGUUAUUAGCAAUGCUCGGUCCAUCCGGUAGCGGUAAAACCACCCUCUUAACCGCCCUUGCGGGCAGGUUACCCGGAAAGCUUUCGGGGACCAUAACGUACAAUGGGCGCCCGUUUUCCAGCUCCAUGAAGCGGAAAACGGGCUUCGUGGCGCAGGACGACGUGCUGUACCCCCACCUGACGGUGCUCGAGACGCUGACGUACGCGGCCCUGUUGCGGCUGCCCAAGGAGCUCACAAAAGAGGAGAAGAUCGAGCAAGCGGAAUCAAUCCUCAUGGAACUCGGGUUAACUCGGUGCAAAAAUAGUGUAGUGGGCGGGCCGCUACUUCGGGGCGUGUCGGGUGGGGAACGAAAACGAGUUAGUAUCGGGCAGGAGAUGUUGGUUAACCCGAGUUUGUUGUUGCUGGACGAGCCCACUUCGGGUCUGGACUCCACCACGGCUCAGCGCAUUGUGGCCACGCUACGGGCGCUUGCACGAGGCGGCCGCGCCGUGAUCGCCACCAUUCAUCAGCCGUCGAGUAGGUUGUACAGGAUGUUUGAUAAGGUGGUGGUGCUCUCUGAGGGCUGCCCCAUCUAUAGCGGGCCUGCGGAUCGGGUCAUGGAGUAUUUCGGUUCCGUUGGGUACAUGUCCGGAUUCAAUUUCAUGAAUCCUGCUGAUUUUCUGCUUGAUCUUGCCAAUGGUAUUUCUUAUGAUGUAAGGCAAGAUGACCAAAUGGAGUUUCAUGGGAAAGUAGACCAUAAUGAUGAUCAAAAUUCAACUAAACAGCACUUAAUAUCUUGUUACAGAAAGAACCUAUACCCUGCUUUAAAGGCUGAGAUUCACCAAAAUUUGCAAGAUUCAGCUCUCUCUAUCUCAACGACUCCAUCAAAAAGAAAUUGUGAUGCUCAGUGGACUACAACCUGGUGGGAGCAAUUCAAGGUGUUGCUAAGAAGAGGUUUACAAGAGAGGAAGCAUGAAUCGUAUUCAUGCUUGAGAAUUUUCCAAGUCAUGUCUGUUUCAGUUCUUUCUGGCCUCAUGUGGUGGCAUUCUGAUAUUUCACAUAUACAAGAUCAGGUGGGACUUCUGUUCUUCUUUUCCAUCUUUUGGGGUUUUUUCCCUCUGUUCAAUGCCAUAUUUGCAUUCCCUCAAGAGCUACCAAUGCUAAUCAAAGAACGUUCCUCGGGCAUGUAUCGCCUCUCCUCCUACUACUUUGCACGGAUGGUUGGUGACUUGCCAAUGGAGCUUGUUCUGCCUACUACCUUUGUAACUGUCACAUAUUGGAUGGGAGGUCUCAAGCCUUCUCUGGUCACAUUUGUAUUAACCUUGCUUAUCAUACUUUUCAAUGUGCUGGUUUCUCAAGGGCUAGGACUAGCACUAGGGGCAAUCCUGAUGGAUGUAAAGCAGGCUACAACCUUGGCUUCUGUGACAAUGCUUGUGUUUCUCCUAGCAGGUGGAUACUACAUUCUGCAUGUUCCCCCUUUCAUUGCUUGGAUGAAAUACAUUUCUUUUAGCCAUUACUGCUAUAAGCUAUUGGUGGAGGUUCAAUACUCGGGAUAUGAGACUUAUGAAUGUGGUGGGGGAGGGAUGCAUUGCAGGGUAAUGGAUUUUCCUGGAAUCAAGUUUCUGGAUCUUGGCAAUAAGCGGUGGGAUUUGGGUGCUUUGGCAAUAAUGUUGGUGGGAUAUAGGCUAUUGGCUUAUGUGGCUCUAAGAAUGGGGACACCUCAUAAAAACAGAUGAAAUAUAGAGCUUAAUAUGUGACAUCAGAGUAACUGUUGAAGGUGGGAAAAUUGAGGAAGAUGAUCUCAAAUUUGAUUGUCUAUUCAAGAUUUCUGACCGAAUCAAGAUCUAUUAGCCCAGCUCAGGUGAAAACUGGUAAGAUUUCAAGAUUAUAUCAAAGAAUGGAGGAUAUAUACUAGUUCCCAUUUACAUGGACCUUGUGUUAACAUAGUUAUUAAUAAUGAAAAAGUCUCUUACAAUUUCAUGCUGUGUCCAAUUCUGUUGAUGAAAAAGGCUGUGUUACAUUGGCAAAUCCACUGAAGAACAACGGAGGAAAUGCUUUCUCAAGGGAUUUAAGCAGGGAGGACCUGCGUAGACUCCGGGAUUAAAACACAGAACUCUGAAUUUCAGUUGAGGGCUAAAACAGUUGCUUGGCCAAAAAUGUUUCUAGAUUUACAUGAUAUUUGUACUCAAUUAUUCUUAGAAUCGUUAUUCAAUCUCAACCAUUAUUAUGUUUGAUUAACCCACCUGUUCCAGUUUGCAGCCCGUCCGCGCCCAUUAUUAACAAGUGAAAAAUGAGUUACGAACCGUUUUUCACAAGUUUUCUGUCUGGAUACAGGGGUAAUUCAGGGCAUGCUCUUAAGUAGACAAACCAAUAUAGAUCAUUUGGAGUC